GAGAGAGAGAGGAGAGGGAGAGGGAGAGGGGGAGAGAGAUAGAAGAAGAGAGAGAAUAACAGCAAAGGAGAGAAGUUGGCAGUAGUCUGAGACUUGCUAUAGGAGCUGAUGCUGACCCAGAGAGGUGGUGUGGGAAACAUGCAGGCCCUGAAAGAAGCUGCUGGUCACAGGAUGAAUAGGAGACUAUUCUUAGGACAAAUCCUACGCAUAUGUUGAUACAUGUGGUUUGAGAGGGCCUUUUUACCUACUAAAAUAUGUAAUAGUAUUAAAAUGUCCAGAUUAAUAGUCACAGUCAUAUAUUAUACUUCAGUGUAUUCAUACAAGUUUCAAUCAAAACAAAGACUUACAAAGCCAGAAGACUAUAAAUUGUGUCACUCUGUCUCUACUCAUUGCAACUGUGUACUGUUUAAUGAUCUGUGUGGUUGUGUUUUAUAGGGGGGGUGGAGUGACUGUUUCUACGGUUGCUGUUGCUACCCACUUUCCUGGUGCCAGAUCUCCCGUGAGCUCAAAAGACAAGCAGCUGUCUAUACCAACUCCUCCUCGGCCCGAUACACCGCUAUCAGCUUCCUGCAGGGGGCGCACUUGAUUUAGAAGAGGCAUCAUCCGACAAAUGAGCCUGGACCACAUGGGCUCAAUUAUGUCAUUUAACUAAUUAGCUUCAAACUCCUACUCUUUAACUUGGUCCCCUCCCACAUCUAUGAUUGGUUAUCACCCACCUCACGUUUGACCUCAUAUGAACUGCAAACAACUGUGGAUUGGGUAGUUUUUGUAUUUCUUGACUUCAUGUAGCCUACAAUUCUCAAAUCUGUGUUGUCCGUUGGGGGGUUCAGUUUUUGAUUCAGUGUGACAGUGGUCUGGAGCACUUCAGUUGUGAGCAACUUGAAACGCAGCGUUCCUGCAAAUGUUGAUGUGUUUUGGGCCAAUACUACCGUGUUCUCGGCCAAUGCUUGUGUUCUCGGCUGAUGGUGUGGUGUUGUUGUAAGUAGGCCUAGUGAUAGUUUUUUAUUUUUAUAUGUAGCGUUUUUAUGCAUGUUACGUUUUUGUUAAUGUCGUUGUGUGUUAAUGUUGUUUCGUUUGCUUCGCUAAUGUUGUUUUGUUGUGCACCCGUGGGCCAGCGUAGGUUUUUGGUCAUCGGUCAUACUGUUCUAACUUGACUCCGCAAAAUCAUCACUUCAACAUGACUUCAAAGAUGAUCAUUCAACAGCCCCAAGCAUUUGCCACGGCAACGACAUCCAAUCAGUGGAGCUCAAACAUCUGUGACUGCACUAAAGACAUGAAAUCUUGCUGUUUGGCGUUUUGGUGCUUGCCUUGCUUUACAUGUAUCACAACGAAGGAAGCGGGACAGUGUCUGUGUCUGCCGCUGCUUGACUGCUUUGGCCUUAUCCCCCCCGCCACCAUGUCCUUGAGGGCUUCUCUACGCUACCGCUACGGCAUUAAGGGCACCCUAUGUAAUGACUGUGUGUUCUCCUUCUUCUGUGGGCCCUGUACCUGGUGUCAAAUGUCUAAGGAGAUGAAGACCAGAGUGCAACCCAUCACUCUCACCUCCCUGCAGGGGGCGCACAUGAUUUAGAAGAGGCAUCAUCAUCUGACAAAUGAGCCCUCUCCCACAUCUAUGGUUGGUUAUCACCCACGUCUGAACUACACAUUCUACCUCACGUUUGACCUCAUAUGAACUUUAAACAACUGUUGAUUGGGUAGUUUUUGUAAUUCUUGACCUCAUCAAGUUUAAGUGACUUAAUAUGAUGAAAGAGUAUUAAAGUACAUUAGAACAUAUUUUCCUAGUAUUUAAUUCUCUAGCAGGUUGGCAAUAAUGUGAAUAAACUGUUUUUCUUUUUUGCACACUGACUGGCUACCUUAGGUUAGCGAAGUGCUGACCACUAGGAGAGAAACCUCUGGCUACCAAACAAGGUUGUGGAGGUUGAGGUUUUCAGAAUAGCCAAAGGAGCAGCUUGCAGUUGCAUCAUUGUAGUGUUUACAUUCAAAUGUUUCACAAGAUUAGUACUAGCUAGCAUGUACAGUCGUCAACACCAAGCAUGAAAAACAAAACCUUCCUGCCUGGUGUGUUCUACAGUUAACAAGAUUCCAAACGUGACCAUUCUAAGGUCAUCUAGCUGGCACGUUGGGUAAAGGGAUCAUCACAUACCUGACUGGACAGAUUUCCCAUCGACUACUUCUACAUUGUUGUAAGACUUUUAGCUGAGCCAUUGAGUGGUUGGCAGCAGUCUGUCUUACUGCAACAGCAGGAUUAGUUGAUCAGGCAUGCAUGAUGAUUUACUUUUUAUCAAGUGGUACCUGACGCUUAAAAUAUUAAAUAUGACUAGAGUAUCAGUAUUACAUUCAGAUAGCUCAGCUUACAUGAAAAGGGCUGUGAAAUUAGGUACAGUCUGUCUGGUUUUGUCUUGCCACUUAUUAGUGAAUUAAGCUUUACUGCUAGUUCCCAGUAUGAAACAAGUGACAUGGAAUGCUACCUGUCCAGGUGAACCUAGGCUGUCCAGCCCUGGGCUCUUGGCCAAGACUUUCUGCCAUCACCAGAGCAAACAUAUUUCUAAUAGGAUCCAAUUCUUUUAAUUUACCAUCUGUAUGGACAACGGACAUAUAGAUAAAGGUAAACACAUGCCCUCCUGUUUGGUGGUAGCUUAGCAACCUUGCUAAGACCCUCCAUAUAUUUCAAAGAAACACCCUUUUAUAAACAUCUUACUAAAUAUUUUAUUGACAUAUUUGACUGAAGCAGCGUGUCGGAUGGUGAUGAUGUCAUACCCGGCAUGUCAAAUGGUGGAAGCUUAGCUUGGCCGUAAAACAAAAGUGUAGUUGAAUUAACUAGGUUUCUAUGGUUGUGAAGUAAGGUACAAAAGAUGGCACACUGGGGCAGUUCAGUUUCUGGGGCAAAACGUGGAAAUUAAGUGUGCAGGGCAGGGAAGAUCUGAGAGUCGAAUGUAUUCUUUCAAUGAAAACGGGAUGAACCAGAUGAAUGAGAGGUAAACCAGUGUGUCAGCCUAAGAGUUUCUCAUUCUAUAAAACAGCACCCCAUCAGUCUCCUGGGUUCAGUGUCUUCCCUUCUAGACUCUUCUCUCCAGCUUCUCCUCGGGAAAAUACACAGGUAUGAAAUUGUAUGAUGUCUUUAAGCUAGGGACUGCAGGCAUGUAGAACUUUCUUGUGGUGUUUUGCUGACAUAUUUUGAUGAGAAUUUACAUGAAACAGCUGUCUCUCUACCUGUUCCAU